AUGAGUAUUAAUGCUCCUAAGCUAAGGUCAUUUGUAUUUCAUGGCGAUAUACAAUUGAUAUAUCUUGAAAAUGUUCAUGUUCUUUCCAAUGUUCUGUAUGUGCCUAGAGAAUUGGUUCUAGAGGAUGAAGAUGAUUUUGUCAGUAUUUUUUCGUCUAUUCCUGCUCUUGAGUGUUUCAGUUGGGAUCUUUUUGAGUUCGAUAAUGGAUCAACUGAAGUUAUGCCAACAAGGCUUCCAUCAGCUCUUAACUGUCUGAAAUACCUUUUCAUAUCUUGGACUACUCUUGGAGAGUUUUUUGAGCUUUCUUUUAUUCUUUGCAUUAUACGAAGUUCCCCAAAUGUGGAAGAAAUUGAAAUUAAGGGAUUAUCCUUAGUGAUGGAGAUUUUUUUCGAAUCUGUGCCCCAUGAGGUUGUUUAUGAGAUUGCUGCAAGCUUUUUGGUAUCACAUUUAAUCAGGACAGUUAAGUUUUAUGAUGUACUAUUAGAAGAGGGUGAAAUGCAGCUUAUCAAGGUUUUAUUGGCAAAGUCUCCAGCACUGGUGAAAAUGGUAAUCAGGCCUUGUCAAAUGGAAACUAAAGAAUCUCUCAAUGUAUUCAUGGAGAUAACAAAGUCUCAACGGGCAUCAUAUAAGGCAGAAGUUGUGUAUCUUGUUGAUUAG